AUGAAUGGGGGUGAAGGGAGGAGGUUGGGCGGUGGGAGGGCACGGGGACCCGAGGUCGAGUUGCAAGAGGGUCGAUUUCCUCCCCAGCCCCCCACCCCCGCCCCGGGGAAAGCAGACUGCGCUCGACGCCUGCGGAUCCGAGCUCUGGGGUCUUGCGGGAAGGAAACCACAGCCCUGACCGCCCCCCCCCCCGCCACAGUUGCCAGGACAGUGUUCCCCUCCGGGGGCCACCUAAGGGCGCGUGGAGGCGGGAGGCCCCCUGGAGAGGUCCCUGCGUCCGCUCUGCGGGUCCCCAACGCGGCGCGGGCUACGACUGCGCUGUGCCCUGGGCUUAACCUCAAAAGCACUGGGUGCUGCUGGGAGCGCAGGGUCCCGCGUAGGGUUCCAUCCUCCGGGAGCUGGCUGCCCUCGCCCCGCCCGACGGGACCCUCCCUACACCGCCCGGCGACACUUCACCGCGACUUCCCUGCGCCCGGCUGCUCUCCCCCAGCCGUGAUCGCUCCCCCUGAGCUCCCGCGCCUACGCUUGGGCCCUCUCGGUCCACGCCUGGGGCCAGCCAAGCGCGGAUUGCGUUCGUCGCUCUCUGGGUUGGGAGGCACUGGCGUUAGCGGUUUGAUGAAGCUUCCGCUACAAGGCUCUGAGGUCUGCUACAUCAAGGGCAUUGUGAAGGACAUCAUCCACGAUCCGGGCCGCGGUGCACCCCUUACCAAGGUCGUCUUCCAGGAUCUGUACAGGUUUAAGAAGCGGACGGAGCUGUUCAUUACCGCCGAGGGCAUCCACACCUGCCAGCUCAACAUAGGCAAUGUGCUCCGGGUGGGCACUAUGCCCGAGGGCACUAUUGUGUGCUGUCUGGAAGAGAAGCCUGGUGACUGGGGCAAGCUGGCUUGAGCCUCUGGAAACUAUGCCACGGUCAUCUCCUACAACCCAGAGACCAAGAAGACCCGAGUGAAGCUGCCCUCAGGCUCAAAGAAGGUCAUUUCUUCAGCCAACAGAGCUGUGGUCGGUGUGGUGGCUAGAGGUGGCCACAUUGACAAGCCCAUUCUGAAGACUGGCCGUGCCUACCACAAGCAUAAGGCAAAGAGGAAUUGCUGGCCACGUGUGCGGGGUGUGGCCGUGAACCCUGUGGAGCAUCCUUUUGGAGGUGGCAACCGCCAGCACAUCGGCAAACCUUCUGCUAUCCAUGGGGAUGCCCCUGCUGGCCACAAAGUGGGUUUUAUUGCUGCCGGCUGGACCAGGCAUCUCCGGGGAGCCAAGACUGUGUGGGAGAAAGAGAACUAG